UGCUGAGCGAGCUGCCAGACAGCCAAUCAGAUCCAGAGCCUGCUACAUUGGUACGUCCGUGAUCACAACAGCUCGCCCUUAGCUCUUUUUCAUUUUCGUAGCCAUACUACCAACCAAACAUAGCGUGAAAAAUGUCGAACUGACGACAGCGUUUGUUGCUGGUGGAUGUUUUAUUUCUCUGGACACCUGUCUAGGCUCGAAUCAUAGCUAAUCUGCGCCGCCGUCAUACUAUUAGCUAACAGCUAACCUUAGCUAAGAGGAAGAUGGGGUCCAUCCUAAGUCGUAGAAUUGCUGGUGUUGAGGACAUCGAUAUCCAGGCAAACUCGGCCUAUCGGUUUCCUCCGAAAUCUGGGAAUUACUUCGCAAGCCAUUUCUUCAUGGGAGGAGAGAAGUUUGAUACUCCACAUCCAGAAGGAUACCUGUUUGGGGAAAACAUGGACUUAAAUUUUCUUGGAAAUAGGCCAGUACAGUUUCCGUAUGUGACACCCGCACCCCAUGAACCUGUGAAAACCUUGAGGAGUCUGGUUAACAUCCGGAAGGACUCUCUCCGUUUAGUGAGGUACAAAGAUGACUCGGACACUUCGGUGGAGGACGGCGGGAAACCCAAGAUUCAGUACGGCGUGGAGUUUACCUUUGAUGCUGAUGCCAGGGUCGCCAUCACUCUCUACUGCCAGGCGUUUGAGGAGUUCUCCAAUGGGAUGGCUAUGUACAGCCCGAAGGAUCCGACCAUGGUCUCUGAAACGGUGCACUACAAGCGGGGGGUGAGCCAGCAGUUCUCCAUGCCGUCCUUCAAAAUAGAUUUCGGCGAGUGGAAAGAGGAGGAUCUAAACUUUGACUUGGACCGAGGAGUGUUUCCAAUGGUAAUCCAAGCUGUGGUCGAUGAAGGAGACGAUUGUCUUGGACAUGCACAUGUGCUUUUGGCAGCAUUUGAAAGACACGUUGAUGGCAGUUUCUCCGUCAAGCCUCUGAAGCAGAAGCAAAUCGUGGACCGUGUGAGCUACCUCCUGCAGGAAAUCUACGGGAUUGAGAACAAAAACAACCAAGAGACCAAGCCAUCUGAUGACGAGAACAGCGACAACAGCAACGAGUGUGUUGUCUGUCUGUCUGACCUGAGAGACACACUCAUCCUGCCCUGCAGACACCUGUGUCUCUGCAACUCCUGCGCGGACACUCUGCGCUAUCAGGCCAACAACUGUCCCAUCUGCAGGCUGCCCUUCAGAGCUUUGCUGCAGAUAAGAGCUGUGAGGAAGAAGCCUGGAGCUCUUUCUCCCGUGUCCUUCAGUCCUGUUCUGGCUCAAACUAUGGAUCAUGAUGAGCACUCAAGUUCAGACUCGGUCCCACCUGGUUUUGAACCCAUCUCCCUGCUGGAGGCUUUGAACGGUCUGCGGUCGGUGUCUCCCGCCAUCCCUUCUGCCCCGCUAUAUGACGAAAUCAACUUCUCAGGGGGUGUGGGAGGGGACAGCCGUCAGUUGAGCUCUCCGGAGCAUUUAAGUGAUGGAAGUCUUCAGAAAGGCAAAGUCAGCAAGUCGCCUGACAGCACCCUGAGAUCGCCAUCCUCUCCCAUCCAGGAGGAGGACGAGGAGAAGCUGUCUGAGAUGUCAGACGCGCAGCCGCACACGCUUCUCUCCAGCAGCCCCGCUCCCACAGACGCUACAACCACUGAGGACGUGGCAGAAUCCCUUUCUCCAGAUGACGACGACAGAAUGCCUUCUGGAGGAGACAUCCUGCAGGACUGCAGCAGCGAGCACUGCAGCUUGACCAAAACAGAAAGCGACCCAGCGGGCAACCUGUCUCUGCCUGCUCUAGGUCCUGAUUCGUGCUCCAUUGGUAUGGAGGAAUAACUGCGGUUCAUCGGACUCAACAGAAAGUCUAAAAAGUCAGAGCACAAACUGCUCCAGCCAGCCUCUCCUGUGCCCCACAAGCAGCCUUCAUCUGGAAGACGAACAUUUCAACUGACUCGGACUCAGCUUUGCUUCACUACAACCAUCCCGUCCCUUUAUUACUUUCACACAGGGCCCCCAAAAGUCCACCCCACCCCGGGCGUUUGUUUUAAUGAUUUUUGAUACCAGAUAUGAGGCCUAAAAGAAAGUUGAGAAUGAGGAAGGACUGUUCAUCAGCAUGUCAGCAUUAUAGAAGAAGGAAGCCGAGUUGAUGCAAAGGUGUUUUUGGUUUCUUAUAUGAUGACUGGUAUAUUUUUAUCCUCCAGCUCUAAAAAAAAAACCAAAACAUUUCUUUAAUUCUCACAUUGUUCAAUGUUCAUUUGUGUGUCUUGGAAGAGUUGUGAUCUUGUAAUGUAGAUUCCAGACAUUUUCACUCCCGUUCUUUGGUGGUGCCUUUAAGCCCACUUACUACAGACUAACCACCCUAACACUAAAAUGAGAAGAACCUCUAAAUGCAGUUUGUAUUCAUGUUUUGUAAUUAUCAAAGAAACACAGAACUUUAUUGAUCCUAGAUGAAUUUGUUUUGCCAGGAGAGCUUUACUUUUGUUUUCGUGUCCAUUUCUAAAUUGCUUUUUGCACUCUAACCAAAUAGUCUAUCCAUUCCUUUUAACAGAAGAAUAUGACAAAGUUAAGUUGUUGUAGUCCAUCUUAAGCUUUAGCCUGUUGGUUUCAUUUUCAGGCAAUGUGAAAGAUAAUAAAACUACAAAAAUUG